UUUCCCAAGCGGAGUUUCCACGACAGCUGGAAGCCGAGCGGUACAGGCGCAUCGCUUCUUUGCUGUGAAAUAUUGGAAAUAACACGACUUCUGCUCGUCUCAGCACCUCCAGAGAAACCCAGGUCUGGCAUGGGCGACAAGAGGAGUCCCACAAGGCCGAAGCGUCAACCGAAGCCCUCCGACGAGGGGUUCUGGGACUGCAGCGUGUGCACGUACAAGAACACGGCAGAAGCUUUUAAGUGCAUGAUGUGUGAUGUCAGGAAGGGGACAUCAACAAGGAAGCCUCGACCCGUCUCCCAGCUCGUCUCGCAGCAGCAGGUAACGCAGCAGUUCGUGUUGCCCUCGCAGCCCAAAAAGGAAAAGAAGGAGCGAGUGGAGAGGGAGAAGAGUGACAAGGAGCCGGCGCUUAAGAAGAACAGUCACAAGAAGAUGAGACCAAGAUUAAAAAACAUCGACCGCAGCAGCGCCCAGCACCUCGAGGUGACGGUUGGGGACCUGACAGUCAUCAUAACGGACUUUAAGGAGAAGGCCAAGCCCUCGUCCACCUCGACCACGUCGUCGACGUCCAGCGCCGCGUCCGCCGCCGACCACCACAGCCAGAACGGCUCCAGCUCAGAAACGACAGAGAAGGGGCUCUCCCGCUCCUCCUCACCCAGAGGAGAGGCCAGCUCGGUCAACGGGGAGUCCCACUGAGCCCACCCAUCUUUCUCAAGAUCCUUUCCCCAUAAAGCCCCCACCCACAACUCAUCUGCAAGGUCACAGGUCACAGGUGGAGCCUCUAAUGUAGAGCUGUACAAAACUGACUUUAAACUUGUUUUUGCUCUUUUUGGAAUUUUUUUAUUAAACACACAUCAGUUUCAACUAUUCAACCAGUUCUCCACAGUACUGGAAGUCUGCAUUUAGAAAGCAAUAUGACUCACCUUUUGUUCCAUUUGUUUUUUCUUCAGUUUUUUAGCGAUCUACAUUUUUAUUUGGACGUUUGGUGCACUCGAACGGAUCCCACACGCUGUCUGAGGCCUGUUGCCAGAAAAAAAAUCCAGGACAGUCUUAUUUUAAAGAAACAUUCAGGCAAGCGUCAUGGUGCUGUGCAGCUCCCUUAAGAUGCACCUACUUUUAUUUUUAUUUUUUUUUAGGUUUUUGUUUAACUAAAGUGCAGCCCCGCAUCUUCUGCAGUGACCCAGCAGAGUGACCUUUUCUCAACUCGUGGAAUUAUCAGCCUCUGUCUGGAAUCCUUACCUCCCUAUUAAAAAAACCUGAAACCAUCUUGUACACACUCUGAGCUGAAUCUUCAACCUCACAGCAACCCUUUGCUCAUGAUAUCUACUUCAACCUUUAACUUCUCUAUCCGCUCCUGAAAGACUUUUUUGAUGCAGGAUUUAGUCUUUCGUCAUCAUUUUUGGAGCAAGUUUCUCAGUCCAGUUAACGCUUGAUACUGCUCUGUCAAAGCCAUCAGGCAGGUUUUGAUUAAAGCCCUCUUUGAAAUGGUGCCGGAAGGUGUAGCUAAUGAUUUUAAAGGAAAAUACUGGUAUUUUUUGUGUGUUUGUGUUGGUUUUUGUGCCAAUACUUUGCAUUAUAUUAGCCCUUUACUUUUGCAUAAAAACAAAAGGCUAGGGCCAGUAUUUACCAACAAUUUGAGAAUCCUCUCAGAGACCUCCAUAACUUAGUUUAAAAAAAAUCAUAGCACAGAUUUUUAGUCUAUACGUGAUUUAGGAACAUAUUCUCAGGGCAACUCUGAGCGAGGGAAGGGCAGAAACUUUUAUUUUUUCAGAAGCUGUGAUUGGUUAAUCCAAAAAAUCCCCAAAAAAGGCAGAAAAAAAAGUGCUCACUUAGUGAUAAUGGACAGUCAAAUUGAUUAGGCACAAUUAUAGAAUCUAGUCAGACAUUGUGUACAAACACUGAAAUUAACAUCUCUGUGUGAUGAAUUGAUGUUUUAAAGUAUAUAGCCUACAAAAUGUUUGAAAUCACAUGCCCACUUGAAUGCAGCCUCUUUACAUACUGAUCGUUACAUCAGCAUUUAAAGAGCCUUAAUUAGUGAUUGAAGUAAUGUGUGGAGGUAACCAGGUGUUGAGAAACGAGAGUUGCGUAGGUAACUACAGUUCUAUGAAUUCUGGAUGACCACCAGAGUCCUCUAACAUUCGGAAUCUUGGCAAGAAGAUUGUGCAAGGACGUCUCUUGUGACGUCUCAUGACGCAGGCUAUUUAAGCUAGGCCACGCGUCAUACCAGGUCACAUGACACUUUGUUGAUAUUAAAUACUCGACCUGCGCGUGCACAAGACAGAUAUUAUCAAGUGUUGAGAACAGCCUCGGUCAGGAAGAAUGAAAUAGAACUUACCAUGCAUGUCUCACUUUGCACUGAAAAAGGUCUUGUCUGCAUAAAUAUUUUUUUGUCUGAUUCAGUAAGAAAAUUCUUCAUGUAGUGAUUGAAGAAAAUGUCUCUGUUUUCUCCUCAGCUUGAGAAACUAAAGUCCUCCUCACUCCUACCAGUGUUAACACCUUCGGAGCUCUCUUAAGGCCUAAGAUGCAUUGUGAAUAACUUUCAUCUUCACAAGGAUCUAGUCUUUAAUUGAAUGGGAAAUUCCGAGAAAAUGUCACGAUUCUACAAAUUUUCUUAGAAUUUUGUCACUAGGAGCGAGUCUUUGUACGAAGGAAGCUUCAUGAAUACGGCCCCAGGUCUCCUCUGAAAAAGAGAUGUCUGAUCUCAAUGGGAGUAACCCGGUGAAAUAAAGGUGAAAAAAUAAACACCUCAAAUAUAAACCUGCAUUAAGUGAUGGAUUUCAUAUAAAUUUAGAAUCAAAUUCACCAUAAUUAAAGAGAAAAUUAGCAUUAUUCCAGCUAGGCUAGACAGAUUUUGGCACAAUGUUCGGAUUUUAGACCCUCGCAUCAAUCCAUGAAAAUGGUCAUAUUUUUUGCCAUGGGAAAUUUCCUAAGUGGGGAAAUGUCCGAGUAGUGUCACAAUAACAAGAGCUGGUUGAAUUAUUUAAUGUUAAGAAAAAUUGCUCUCAGUCUUAUCUCCUUUAGCUUAGGCUACACUGUACCACUGUCUCCCCCCCAGGUUCCUUAUAGCAAUAAUAUUUACAUUUACACACAGCUCAGCAACAUGGAUGUCAGGCACAACCUCUGCAGACUGAUUCCACAACAUCAGUUAUGUAGCCUAGUUAACGUACAGUUGGACUCUCUUAGGAGCGUGGCUUUGUUUUACAAAGUCUUCAUGAAUUAUUCUUCCCUUCGCCUCAUGAGAUUUUCCAAAAAAGUCAAAGUUAAAAAAAAAAAGACACAAGACUAAAGUGUGACUAUUUUAAAGCACCGUAAUCCAGCAAACCAGUUACUACAUCGCCCUUGGCUAGCAUGAAACGGCAAAAAUGUGUUAGCUAGCAGCUGCUAAGAGCUUGCUAACUUGCUAAUUGGCUUCUAUCUACACAUACAAACCCAACCAAUUCUUAUAUAUGUGUUGGGCUUAACUUUUCAGAAGGCUAGUCCAAAUGUAGCUAACAUGUGGAUGUUAACUAGAUAUACACGUAAACAAUAACUUGCUAAUAUAUUAGCCAUAACAGCUUACAUUUGCCUCAUUUCUCCAUUUAUUUCUUCAAUUUAGCUCUUACAAGUUCACAAAAUCACAAAUGUUUGUUUAUUUUGCUCGCCUUUAAUUUCUCAAACAAUAGGUAAUUAUGACUGAAACGUGUUGAAUUUAAACAUGUGGCUGUGGCUGUAAACCCCACCGGUUUUCUCCUUUAAAAGCUGCACACACACAGAGCUGCAUCUGCUCGGUGUCACCGUGGACAACCAGAGGGUGCUCGCACUGCUCUGCCCCAACAAUGGAACCAGUUUGGACCCAGUCGGAGCAACAGAAUAAAAGACCCCUGACCUCUGGACAUGCACAUGCUGUAUGGCUGAUGGCCUGCAGUGUGAUGGACUUCAGAAACUGUUUCAGUUCCUCCAUUUUGAUGUAGCAAAGUGGGAGGAGCUAUAUAGGACGCUAAAUCUCCCAGCUGAACAACUUAUAGAUCAACCUAACUUCACAAUAACUUAUGAAACCUGUAGAAUACAACACAGAUACAAAUGGAUAUUUCUAAAAAAAAAAAAAAUACUAUUGUACUACAAUGUUUUGAUGUGGUUGUAUUAUCCAUCUUACCAGUGUUAUCAUUGAGAUUUUUUACGUUAACAUUUUAGCACAGAUCCUGAGAACUGUCAUGGCAUGAUGAUAUUAUGGUCUCAGUAUAUUGUGGGACAGGCUAUGUCUCUUAGUUUGUUAGCAUUGUUUAAUGUCUCAUUAUGUUCACUACACUAGCUGGGACUAGGUGUGUGAACUGGUGAGAACUGUUCAGACAGAUGUUUGUUAUUCAGUUGUGGCAAAAAAAAUGGACGUUUGAAAAUAUGUUGGUGUCACUUGUGGAUAUAUAAUUUUUUUGAAUUUUUUUGAAUUUUUGCUUUGCCAUGCUCAAUUGUUUAAACAUGUGUGAACUUGUUUAUUCCAUGUCUAAAUAAGAAAAUAACAAAAAGUCCAACACAA